UCAGAAAAGCAAAGUUUUUCAAAAUUUGAUCUAUUUUUCAGAAAAGAAUAGAGUGGGAAGGGAAGGGUCAUUUUUGCUAAUCUCUUAAAACUAAACCAUAAACCCUCAAGUUCACGCGUCGCCGCCUACGUUCUUCUUCAGUUGACGGCAACAUAAUCUUCAAUCCACGGCUGCUAUCGUCGAACAAAAUGAAAAACACAGUGUGAUGGUAUCCCCAUUUCUCUCAGCCACAUGAGAAACCCGAAAUUUUCUCAAGAAAUUUCAUCUUGAGCUUCAAAUUUUUUAUUUUCUAGACACCAAAUUCCCAUUCCCUAACGCUGUUGAAGAUUGAAAUUUGGUUGUGAUACUGUGAACUCCGCUUCCCAUUCUUCUCCUCCAUGUUUCGCCGAUUCCUCGGCAUUAAAUGCCACAAUCCUAUUCCUUUUCCUAAUUUACUCGACCCCAUUUCCCCCAAAUUCAAACCCAGUCAAUUAACCCCACCGUUUUUCUCCUCCAUUUCUCAAUUGGAUGAUGCUCGAAGACCCUUUUCCUCCACAAUUCCGCCGCCCGAUGAAGUCGAUCGAUCGGAGUUGCGUUCCGUUAAGGUUCCGCUUAACUCUUUGUUUAGAUCCGGCACUUUGGUGCUGAAUCCAAGACCUUUGGCUUUUGUGAUCACUGGCCCAAGUGGGGUGGGAAAAGGUACUGUGAUUAAACGAUUGAGAGAAGUUCGAGAAAGGCUCCAUUUCGCUGUUACAGUGACGAGCCGUCCAAUGCGACCUGGUGAGGUCGAUGGAAAAGACUAUUAUUUCGUCUCUAAGGAAGAGUUUCUUGCUAUGGUUGAGAGGAAAGAGCUUCUGGAAUAUGCGUUUGUGUAUGGAGAUUACAAAGGGAUUCCCAAAGCGCAAAUUCAUGAGUUUAUGGCAAAAGGGUAUGAUAUUGUGUUGAGAGUUGACAUUCAGGGGGCUGAAACAUUGAAGAGGAUUCUUCGGGAAUCCGCUGUUUCUGUGUUUUUAAUGGCGGAAAGUGAGGUUGAAUUAGUGGAGAGGUUGAUUGAUAAGAGAACGGAGACUAAAGAAUCGUUGUUGGUGAGAGUUGCAACGGCCAGAGAGGAAGUGAAGCAUGUUAAGAAUUUUGAUUAUGUGGUUGUGAAUGCAGAUGGGAAGUUGGAGAGUGCGGUUAAGCUUGUGGAAUCCAUUAUUGAUGCUGAGAAGGCAAAGGUCUUGCGGAGAAAUGCUGUUGUUUAGAUUCAACUUUUGAGACAUCAUUUUGCAAGACUAUUUGGAAGCGUCUUUAGAUGGAUGAUAGACCCCUCAUGAAAGAAUUCAUCGUGUCAGGGAUGACAUAUGUAUAGUAGCUAGUAGCCUUGAUGCGAUCGUGAUUGAGUUUUCUACAUGUACAUUCAUGGGAAAACUGUUGCAAUAAAAGUGAGUUCAUACUAGGAAAACUGUUGCUCUAACGCCAUAACUUACAUGAGUAUGUCACAUGGAAGAUCCUGACAAACUAUGCUCAAUCAAGAAUGAUAUUCAUCUCACAUAAUCAAAAGGUUAUAAUUGAUACUUCUGUGAGCGGUAGAUUAUCACACAUGAAGGCGCUCCCAAUGAAGUGAACUGUAUAAAAAUCUCUUCAAAUGCCUGGUAUGUAUCAGUAGAGAAGUUUUCAUUAUAUAUGUAUGCAAGAUGUUACUCACUUUUAAAUGGUUACAUCUCAAACACUUAGCUGAAUAGUAUACAGUCUUGUUGUAUUUGAUCUUAAAGCCAACUUUUUAUUUACUAGAGAUCUCAUCAGUCAUAAUGGACUGCUUUUUUUUACCCUCUGUCUUUGGUGAUAGUCUUCAUGAAGUGUAACGUUUAAGUUAUUAGAUGAUUGAAUUUUCUCAUCAGCUCCCAUAGAUUCACUAUA